AUGGGUUAUUUUGCUUUUCUUGAGUGUUUUCCAUGGAAGGUGGAAAAGACAAUUGCAGGUCCACAACAACCUGGUAAUGACAUUGAUGUUUACUUGGCACCACUAAUUGAUGAUUUGAAAAUGUUGUGGGCUGUAGGUGUUGAAGCUUAUGACGCUUAUAAAGAAGAACACUUCAGGCUGAAGGCUAUAUUGUUGUGGACAAUUAACGACUUUCCAGCAUUAGGCAAUUUGAGUGGUUGUAUUGUAAAGGGAUAUUAUGCAUGUCCAAUUUGUAGUGAAGGAACGUGUUCUUACAGAUUAAAAUAUGGUAAGAAGAACACAUAUGCUGGCCGCAGAAAAUUUCUUCCACGCUACCAUCCAUAUCGGAGGCAAAAAAAGGCUUUUAAUGGUGAGCAAGAGUUUGGAUUAGCUCCAAUAUCAUUAACUGGAGAGGAGAUAUUAAUAAGGUUGAAGGGCUUACAUAAUUUGGAUGUCAUGCAUAUUGAGAAGAAUGUGUGUGAGAGCCUCAUUGGUACGUUACUCAAUAUUCUAGGAAAAACAAAGGAUGGAAUUAAUUUUCGCCUUGAUCUUGUAGAAAUGGGUUUGCGUGAAGAAUUGGCACCACAAAUUGGGGAGAACAAAGUGGUGGAUGUGGGAAAAUUAGAUGAGAUUCAAAAAGAUCUUGUGGUCACAUUAUGUUUGCUUGAAAAGUACUUCCCACCUUCGUUCUUUGAUGUCAUGGUGCAUUUGACAGUGCAUCUUGUUAGAGAAGUUCGACUUUGUGGACCAGUUCACUUUAGAUGGAUGUACCAAUUUGAGAGGUUCAUAAAGAUUUUAAAGGGUUAUGUUCGUAAUCGUAAUUGUCCUGAAGGUUGCAUUGUUGAAAGUUAUAUUGUAGAAGAAACUGUUAAGUUUUGCGCAGAGUACUUAUCUGGAGUGGAUGCAAUCGGGAUUCCUUCUAAUAGGAACAUGACAGUUGAUGAUGAUGUAGAAAUUGGAAGGCCUUUAUCAAGUGGUUAUGUUGUUACUGUUGAUCGUAAUGAAUGGGAGCAAGCGCAUCAUUAUGUGUUAGAAAAUACAAGUGACAUUCAACCAUACAUUGAGGAGCAUAUGGCUUGGUUGAAGCUAAAAUAUCGUCGUCAAUCACAAAGUCAAAAAUGGCUACAAAUUGAGCAUAUUAAAACAUUUAUGUAUUGGCUUCGUGAAAAGGUCUCAAAGGAAUUAAGUGGUCAAAAUAAUAUCUCAAAUAACCUGAAGUGGAUAGCACAAGGACCUCGAUUGGAUGUUAUAAAAUUCCCUGGCUAUAUCAUCAAUGGUUGUCGUUAUCACACAAAAGAUCGGGAUAACUCACGAGUCAGCCAAAACAGUGGAGUUAGUUUAGUGGCAACAACAAUGCAAGUGACAGAUUAUAAGGAUAAGAACCCAAUGUUUACGGAUAUGAGUUAUUAUGGAGUUAUUACUGAGAUAUGGCAACUUGACUACAAUAUGUUCAAGAUUUCGGUAUUUAAGUGUGAUUGGGUUGACAACACAAAGGGAAUUAGAGUGAAUGAGUUAGGUUUCACAUUAGUUGAGUUAGGGAGGAUAGGCCAUGAAGACGAUCCUUUCAUUUUGGCUUCCCAAGCUAAGCAAGUUUUUUAUGUACAAGAUCAACUUGAUCCGAGAUGGUCAGUUGUGCUAGAACCUCCUCAAAAACAAUAUUCUUGUGAAAAGGAUGAUGAGUUCAAUGAUUUUUGUAUAGAGCAUCAUGGCUUUACAAAAGUUUUGCCAGAAGUUGAAUCAUUAGAUAUGGUUGAUGAUUCUUUGUCGUCUUACGUGCGAGGAGAUUGUGAGGGAACUUGA